UUGAACACAGGAUAUGGUACAGGUAGCCGUGAUAGGAGCAGGGGCCAGUGGCCUUACUGCCAUAAAGUGUUGUCUAGACGAGGGACUGGUACCCACAUGUUUCGAGAGGACGGAUGACAUAGGAGGUCUGUGGAACUACCACAGCGAGGUUCGGGAGGGACAGGCAAGUGUGAUGAAAUCUACAGUCAUCAAUACGUCCAAGGAAACCAUGUGUUUCAGUGACUUCCCCAUACCUCAGGCGUUCCCAAUAUUCAUGCAUAACACCUAUGUCCAGAGGUACCUGGAGAUGUAUGCCGAUGCUCAUCACUUACGUCGAUACAUCAGAUUCAGCACAGAGGUUCUCAACGUGAAGCAAGCUGAUGAUUUCAAUGAGUCCGGCCAGUGGAUGAUUACAGUUAAUGACAAGAACACGGGAGAAAAAGUCCAGAAUGUUUAUGAUGCUUUACUUGUUUGUACGGGGCACCAUGCAUCCCCUCAUAUCCCGGACUUCAGCGGGAUGGCUGACUUCAUGGGCGAGGUUAUCCAUUCCCAGGAAUACAAAACCUCUAUCCAAUACGAAAACAAACGGGUCGUGGUCGUCGGCAUUGGUAACUCUGGCGGUGACAUUGCCGUGGAGCUGAGUCGUGUGACGUCACAGGCAUACCUCAGCACAAGACGAGGGUCGUGGGUUCUCCAUCGUGUCGGACGCAAUGGACUACCUAUAGACUUUACACAUUCCAGGUUAGUUGUAUGGGCAAAUAGUCUCUGUCCAUUACGAAUCAAGGAACCACUGGCAAGGCAUUUCCUUAACUCAAGAUUUGAUCAUUCUACUUACGCAUUACAGCCCAAACAUUCAUUCUUCGCCCAACAUCCCAUGGUCAACGAUGACCUCCCAAAUCGUUUAUCGAGCGGCUCUGUGAUCAUUAAAGCGGAUAUCAAACGUUUUACGGUCACAGGGGUGGAAUUUACAGAUGGAACAAAGGAAGAGAACAUUGAUUUGGUAGUUCUAGCCACGGGAUAUGUCAUUGGAUUUCCUUUUAUUGAUAAAUCUGUACUGAAUGUCCAACACAACCAUGUAGAACUGUACAAAAACAUGUUCCUGCCCAACCUGAAGAAACAGACUUUAUGCUUGAUAGGAUGUGUACAACCUCUUGGAGCAUUGAUGCCUGUAUCAGAGCUACAGUGUCGCCUCGCCACACGGGUGAUCAAGGGUGAUGUGAAAUUGCCCCCAAGUAACGAUAUGUGGGAUGACAUCCGGCGGAGAGAGGAUGAAAUGAGGAAGACUUAUGUGAAAUCCAUACGACACACGAUACAGGUGGAUUGGAUCCCAUAUAUGGACGAACUUGCUACGCUUACUGGCUGUAAACCUGGUAUACGAAACCUGCUUAUAACAGAUCCUAAAUUAGCAUGGAUGUGCUUGGUAGGACCAUGUACGCCCUACCAAUAUAGACUUCAUGGCCCAGGAAAGUGGACAGGUGCCAGAGACGCUAUCAUGACAAUACAAGAACGAACUCUGUAUCCAUUGAAAACAAGGUCCUUAGGAUUUGUUCUAAAUCCAUCACAGACUGGCUUUGCUGUUUUUUCUUUCUCCUUCAUUAUAUUGUAUGUCAUGUGUAUUUGGUUAAUUUUUGUUAAAUAAGAUAAUGAUCUAUAAAAUGAGCGAUAUCUAAUUAAAGGGGAGAUUAAAGGAGGGGUGCCCAUUUGGACCUUUUAGCGACCAAUCAAUGAUAAGGCUAAUAUUUUGCAGGAAGAUACUUUAAGGUCAGCUGCACAUGGUAUGCUAUCCAAAACAUUAGAUGUUUUGUUGGCUUAUAGAUAUUCCAGGGUUCAAAGGUCACAGGGUAUGAAAUUGAAGUUUCAUUGUGUGGGCUGAUACAAAUUCAAUAUUGGAGUAAAAAUGAUCAAGUUUCUGUUAGAUGUCAGGUUUAGAAAUACAAAUUGACAAAAAUGUAAGAAAACUGAAAAGUAGGUCACAGAGACCUCAUUUUGCGACUUGUUAGUUUUUGUGGCAACCACUUAACAAAACUGACAAAGAUAUUUACAUAAAUCUUCUAGAAGUAACUUUUCAGCAGUAAUUCUGCCCCGCAUUGGGAUCAAAAGCUACAUUUUUUCAAUUUGCUGCCCCUUCAGAGCCCUGGUGGUCUAAUGUCGGGGCCCCGAACGGGGUGCAUUUUUAGAUUAAAAAACUUCAUUCGUGAGACCACAAGUAUAAUUUUAAUCAAGCAAGUUAGCAAUUCUUUGCGGGUAAUUCAGUGAGUAUAUACCAGGUAUAUAUCGUAUACAGCUUUUAAUAGGCCAGACGUGUGUUUAAAACAUUUCGGUUCGUAACGUGUUCACAUUAUUACACUAAUUACUUAGUAUACAGAAGCCGUCCCAGCGGUCAAUGGCGGUUUUUCUACUUUUUAUUAUGUAAUUCAACAAGAAAAUAUUUUGUAUGUUAUUGUAGCCGGGUUCUGCAAUACAUAAAACAUCACAAAGAUGCAAUUUUCAGUUUCAUCUUUUAUUCAUCAGAACACAACAGAAGACCAUGUAAUAACACAAAUACAUAUAGGAAACUACGGUACACGAUAAAAAGAUUGAGAUUUUACAUUACACAUUGAACAUGUAUUGGACUUACAUAAUAGUUACCCGUAACGGUUACAAUUAACAUUGCAAACUUACAAAUUACAUCAUAGACCAGUUAAUAUGGUAAAUUACAGAGUUCAUCAAUAUCCAACGACUACAACAAAUAAAUAUCCUAACCUGAGUAAUAAGUAUAAACAUACAAUUGUGUCAACUCUAUCACUCUGACAUACACAGCGACCAUUUUUUUCUGCCUACAUACUAUGGUUUUGUUCAAAAAUGAAACAACAAAGCUCGAUAUAAUAUUUAACAAAUGACGUUUAAAAUGAUAUACGAAUAACAUUUUCCGUAAUAGAAAAACGGGAACCACGCCAAAAUAUGUUUACCAAAUUAAAGACGUUUUAAUUAUUUAUAUAUUCAAACAAAUAUAUUUCCAUAAAAUUUACUUUCAAUUAAGGUAAAAUGCAAUUAGAUAUAACCAAAACUAUUUUUUCAAGUACUGUUUCAAAAUCGCCGUAAACUUCAUAAUACUUAUGUAUACUAGAGGUCUAUAUCGCUCGCUGUCCAAUGCAUGAGUAGGUACAACUACGAACAUGCAAUCACGUGACAAGGACAUCACCUAAAACGGGUAGUAAAUAGUUAAGACGCACGUGGAUAAGACAGAUCGGUUGGACGAGUACAAGGACAUGUAUGUAAAAAUUACAACAUACGUGGUACAUACGCCGUGCAAAUGAUAAAAUAUGUCUUAAUGAAACAUUAUAAAAAAACAACACUGCCACGCUUACAAACUAUAUUCUUGAAAUUAUUUUUAACAUCUUACAUUAGAGAGAAAUUAUACAGACUAACACAGUAUGUUUAUCAGUACAA